GUGGGAUCCCUCCCAUUUGGACUAUCCGCUAUCGUUGCCCCGUUGGUCUACUUGCUUAUCGAACGGAUCGGUUACCGGGCGGUGGUCGUCAUCGGAAUAUCAAUGAUCUCGCUCGGACUAAUCUUGACUUCCUUCAUGCAAAGCCUUGCUCCGAUGUACUUCACCUACAGCGCCCUCUUUGGCGUGGGGACCGGAUGCAUCCUGAUGGGGUCUCUGAAUCUGAUCCUCAAGUACUUCCCCAGGGAAAAUGCAACUGGUGGGGUCGUUCUCCCCAUGGCCUCUUCCAAUCUAGGAAUGCUUUCGCUAGGGCCACUCACGUUCUAUCUUGAGAAUAAGUUCGGUUGGAGGAACACACUGAGGAUCGGUGCUGGGAUGAUUAUGGGGAUUGCUCUCCCUGCUGUGGCAUGGGCCCAUCGCGAACCAGGGAGACCAUCAACGCCAGAGGAUACAAAAUACAUGGAUGAAGGGUGCACGGUGAACCUGAAAGCCCAAAAGACAAAUGACGCAAUGGCAUUUGAAGAUUUAAUGAAGGAUAUCGAUGACGCCAAAAUUGACAUCGGACAAGAUAAACAUGAGACUGACGAAUGGAAGGAAACCAGGGAACAUUGCAAUGCUGAUUACACGUCGGAGAUUAGAUUUUACACAAAUCAAAGCAACUCACAAACAGACGGGCACAAUGCGGACCAGGAUGACCAAAGUGGUCAGACUUUUCUAGGUAAGGAAAACUAUCAUAGGCUGACUGAAAAGGGGCCUAAUCAAUGCGACAAAGCCAUCAGAAAUACAUGUUACGUAGAAACGGUGUGGAAACCGUCCAGGAGCUGUAAUACUCUUAAAGGGAACGUUGUCGAGCACGCUACACCUGGUAUGACGAAGCGCAUGUUGACUGUCUUAACUUUUCCUGACGUCUGGUUCAUGUCCUUGGCAGUCUUCGGCUAUGGUUUAACAAAUUCCUUCUUCCUUGUGCAACUGGUAAGGUACAUGAUGUCUCUCGGCUUCUCUGAAGAGGACGGUGCGCAUACAGUCGUUGCUCUCGGGGUCUCUAUGUUGGUUGGUAAGGUUACUUUGGCCCUCAUAUCGGACUACAUCCCGUUCCAUCAGCUUUACCUCUCUACCGUCGCCAGUGUUCUGGGAAUCUCCGUAAUGAUAUGUCUCCUCCAGGCGCCAGGCUUCGCCGCUGUCAUGUGCAUGAUUGUCAUACUUGGGGCAACCGUUUUCAGUAUUUCAGAUGCCCUUCCUUACUUCAGUCCAAAUCUUGUCUUUGGAGUGACGAAAGGGAGGGAAACUGCAGCCAUCGUAGCCUUCAUGCAUGGGGUUGGGCUACUAACAGCCUCAGUUCUCGGUGAGAGUUUGGAUCAAACUGGAUCCUACAACCUGGCGUUAUACAUGUGCAUUGGGACAUACGCCCUCUGCGGCCUUUUCUGCAUAAUGGUACCGGUCUACCAGAAAUGCAUGGUCAGAGAUCGCUUCGUCAUGACAUCAUGGAAAGGCUGCCAAAGAAGGAAAAAAAGUGACACUGAACCGACGCAGGAAGUUGAAGAAAAGAUAUAACGUAGAAUCAUAAUUUGUUUAAUAUCUUCCUGAAAUAUACACACACCCACACACAUCCACACACACCCACACACACACACCCACACACACAGUCAUCUACGAGAUGAUUUGGAUGAAUCUGGCCUUUUUGCUCAUUAGCAUAGGGACCUGCGGUCUGACUGUAGACUCUUGCACAAGCCUCGAUCCUGCCAGUACCAUCACCAGACAAACAACCAGAUACGGCUACGACUCUUGGCUGUCAGCUCAAACAGCUCACCCAACCAUAUGCACCUGGCUUAUAAAACUUGCUUGACCCUAUGCGUCCGGCUCCUGUAGUUAAGAUCUCUCGAGCAUACCCAUUGGCUCUGCUCUACAUGUAGUUCCCACCGUCGUCUGCUCCAGACCUCCGACCGUCUGCUUCAGACCAGCAACCAUCCGCUUCAGACUCCGACCCGUCUGCUCCAGACUAACCAGACUACCAAAAGAGCAAACCCUGGUAUAUAGUCUCUUAUUGGAGUGCAAAAGAUCCAACAUACGAGGAAAUCACACCACGAUCGUCGCCUAGGACUAAAAGUUCAUCCUAUGUUUCCCCAUGGAAAGACAUGCAAACGAUUAUGUAAAUAAUUUCGUCGCAUCUAGAUUUAUAUAUUGGUUAUCGAAUACAAAUCAAUAUUACGUGCAAUGCACCACAUGGACGCCAUAUUUCAGGCCAUCGUCAAAGUCUCUCGUGUUAACAGACCUAACGCACUUGUGCAUUUAUUAUACAAAGUGUGUUACGGUUGUACCGCUGGUACAAUCUUAGAUAAGCAUUAACUUUGCUUGCCAGAAUCGAAUAUGCAUGAAUGAAAAAUCAAAUUUAAGAGAUUAUUUUACUCAGGAUAAUGGUAAACAAAUAAGUCAGCUAAAACUCUCAGGGAAAUAAUUAUUUCACAAAGACCGUACAAAACAUGUAAAACUUACAAUUUUCUUGACACGUAUCUUAAGUCUGCAUGGAAUAUCGUCAGCUACGAUGAAAA